UAUUUAUUAGAACUUUUAAUGCAAUUUUUGCGUAACUACAAUUAAUUUAAACACAUUGACCUAAAAUUCUCAUCCUUGUUAAAAUUAUCGUAAUACUUCAGCAAAGUCAGUACACAAACACUUUACCGGUGCGAUAACAUUUUACAAUAAACACGAGUAUUCCUACUGAAGCAGAUAAGGUUAUUUAUAGCGAAACAGUACUUUUAUAAUUCACCAAAAGAAGUUUUACAUGUUUUGUAAGCAUUGUGUUGUGUGUCUUCAAAAAACUUCAUCAAAUUGUCCAUUACAUAGCUGGAAUAAUGCGCCGACGAGUCGAUUUCGUGAUGGACGAUGACGAUGAAACCGUUGCCUUAAGUGGCACCAAAACAACCACUCGAAAAAGCAUCCACAGUGUUCCUGUUCUUGUAUCUUUUGGGCUUAUUGCAGUAUUACUCGGUCUAUAUGGACUAGUGUACACCAUUGAUAACAGCCUGCCUAAGCCAUUGAAGCUCACGGAUGAGCAAACCCAUCCAGACGCUUUUAUUACUGAGAGAGCUCGACAUGACUUAAAACUGCUAACUGGAAUAGGGCCACGUAUAGCUGGUGGUUAUCAAAAUGAAGUCCUCACUGUAGACUUCUUAAAACGUGAAAUAAAUUUCAUAAUGCAACGUGCUAAUAAAAAGCAAAAAAUUGAGCUUGACUUUCAAGUUGCAACAGGAUCACAUUACAUACGUUACUCCCCACAUGGAAAGAUUGUAUCUUAUUCAAAUUUACAAAAUGUUGUAGUGAAACUGCAUGGAGCAAACAAUGCUUCACAAAGUGUGCUAAUUAAUUCUCACUUUGAUUCAGUACCAACUAGUCCUGGGGGUAGCGAUGAUGGCAUUAACGUCGUGGUGAUGUUGGAAAUUUUAAGAAAAAUAUCACGGGAACCUCAGAGACCUUUAAAUAAUUUGGUGUUUUUGUUUAAUGGAGCAGAAGAAACCGGGUUACAGGCUGCACACGGGUUUAUUACUCAACAUAAAUGGGCUAGGGAAUGUAAAGUUGUACUGAAUUUGGAAGCUGCGGGGGUUGGGGGAAAAAUUAUUUUAUUUCAAUCAGGGCCUUCAGCUCCCUGGUUAAUGAAAUAUUAUGCUGAAGUGCCACACCCAUAUGGACAGGCUGCUGGAGAAGAGAUUUUUCAGAGCAAUCUUAUACCAUCUGAUACUGAUUUUAGAAUAUUUAGAGAUUAUGGAGGUUUAGUUGGUCUUGAUAUGGCGUUUUUCAAAAAUGGAUAUCGUUAUCAUACAAAAUAUGAUGACUUUGAGCAUAUUCCACUUGGAUCUUUCCAACACGUUGGUGAUAAUACGUUGUCGUUGGUAAGAAGUUUGGGAAAUGCACCUGAAGUCGCUAAACCUAAAGCGAAUCCUGGAAAAGUUGUUUAUUUUGACUGUUUAGGGUUUUUUAUGGUAUCCUAUUCAGAAACAGUGGCUUAUCUUAUUAAUCUGACUGUUGUUCUUUUCUCAUUUGUGAUUUUUGCAUUGAAUAUUCAUAGUUUUAAGCUAGGUUAUACGAAGCAAACUCUGAAGUAUUUGACAUUUACUUUUGCGGCUUUAAUUGGUGGAUGGAUCGCAGCUGCAAUUUUUGUUGUGAUAACGGCAGUUAUAAUUGAUAAAAUUGGUUAUUCUAUGAGUUGGUAUGCAAAUCCUGGUCUUAUAUUUGGACUGUACGUGGCUCCGACGAUUGGAUUUUCUUCCAUUGUGUUGCUUUAUAUAAAACAUCCGAAUUUAAGCCACAACGUGAAAGCGCAAAUCCAAGCGCACUCUGUCAGAAUCAUUUGGACUGUGAUACUUCUAUUUGGGACCACUUCAGGCAUCAGAGCUAUGUAUGCCUUACUCAUCCCAGUGCUGUUCAACACAUUGGGCUUCGCGUUCAUUUACAUAUUUAAAUUACAACACACAGUUCGAAAGUGGCAAGUUGUCUAUGUGGUCAGUUUAGUAGUUCCAACAAUAUUUUUAAUGUACACUACCCUGACAACGUUGUCUUUGUUCAUUCCCAUCACUGGAAGAAUAGGACCAGAUAAAAAUGCUGAUCUCAUAAUAGGAGCCAUGAGUUUAUUAUUCACAAUUAUAAUUACGUCACCAUUUGUAGCUCUGGCAACUCUAGUUAGACAUGUGAAACAUCUCUUAUCGUUUUUGGUAGUCGUAUUUACUCUCAGUUUUAUCCUCAUUUUUACUCCUUUAGGUUUCCCUUAUACGGGUAACCCCGAGUCUCCUGCUCCUGAAAGACACUGGAUUUUGCAUACUCGACGAGUAGUCCACGACGAACAAGGCGUCGAAACGAAGCGAGAUUCUGGCUAUUUUUUACUCAAUAUGGACCGUAAUUCACCCCAUAAAGUCAAGAAUAUCGUCAAAGAUUUUUCCAAAGCUCGAUACCUUGGCGACGACUGUGGCAAAUAUUUACUGUGUGGUUUACCACUAGUACACUCAAAAAUGAUACAAAUUAUCGAAUUUAGCACUUGGAUUCCUGCAGGACAGCCACUCCUUCCUGAACCAACGAAACUAGAGGUGUUAUCAAAAGCACAAAUUGGACCCAACAUUCUACGCUAUACUAUCUCGAUAACUGGUCCAGAUCGUAUGGGGUUGUAUUUUUCUCCAAAGUUUGGAGUAAAAGUGUUGAAUAUAAGUCUGCUUGAGAAGAUGCCAGAGGAAUCGGCAGUAUGGAAUAACCGUGAUUUAUAUUUUAUCAUAAACAUAUGGGGCAAAGAGGCUGCUCCUCUCAAAUUUAGUUUCGAUGUUCAAGUGCCAAAGAAUGUAAGUGGAGUGACAACUGAAAUCGCAGUUUCAGGGAUUUUUCCGCAUGAAGAUAAGAAUCGCAAAAUGCCUCAUUAUGUGCAAUUUUUGAACGAAUUUCCUGAUUGGGCUGACCUCACUGCUUGGCUGGGUAGCUAUGAAUCAUGGUGGAUAUAAUGUGCUUCAAAGAAAAUUAUUUUUGGGUCUUUACAAAUUUUAUUAGAUGUUGCUGUAACCUCAUUUAUAAGACAAUAAAAUUAUUGGAUCUUUAUUUUUGUAACAAUUAUAGUAUGUAAAAGCAAAACUGAAAUUAAAUGGGAUUGAUGUUAUCCAGUGA